UUUCGAAUAAACGCAUGACUACAAAGAGAAAAAUCCAAACCAAAAUAGAAAGCGGCAAUAGCAAUGAAAAAGAAAAAGCAAGCAAUCAGAGAUAAAAAGCCAGGCCAUUGCUUGCUAGCUAUCUAAAUUGAUAAUUAAAAAAGCGAAAGGCGUGAAGGGGAGAUAAUUGGAAUAAAAAAAGCACAGCAAAGACAAAGUUGCAAAUGUUUGUGAUGAUUCUACAACUGUGUACGAUGCCCCAUUACAGGCCAUCAUGGUGUUUCCAAUGCACUUUUUCUUUAACCAGGCACCAUAAAGAAAAUAGAGUUGCUAUACUGAACACUGACAACUAAGCUGUUUAUCAAAGAAUCAAAGAAAAUUCUGUUCAGGUUUCAUCCUUUUGUGAUCACCUUGUAUGUUUUUUUAUAGUUGUUACAAUUUUCUAUGGCAGUGUCACCGGAAUCCAUGCCUGAAAAGCCCUUCGAUUUCCGUGCUCCGCCACCGUCUCCAAUUGCUAGUGGCCGCAGGUCCUGCGUUACCAAUGAUGAUGUUCUCUCUGAAUUCCUUGAACAUUCUCUACGUGUCCCUGAUUUAAUUUUGCCUGACAAGGUCUUCCCUAGGCAAAAGUUCAUUGAGAACCCGCCAAAGAUUGAUUUCCAGCUGUUGAGUUCCAUGGAAAGUGAUACUCUUCCCAAGAUUCUGGAUUCUAUAGCAACAAUCGGAUGCUUUCAGUUAGUGAAUUAUGGAAUUCCAGGGGAAUCUAUCCUCUCAGCCCUGGCAGCGGCUGCUGGAAUUUUUCAACUGCCACCAGAGAAACGGGCAGCAGUGACCAGGUCACCGGAGAAGUUGUACGGAUUUGAGGAAAUUCACGAGGAAGAGGAAGGUGAAAUGAGUGAAGAGUUUGUUUGGUGCAGAGGUGAAGGCUUGAAGUUGGAAAUGGAGGGAAUUUGGCCUGUUGGGUAUUCAAAUUUCAGUGAGAAAAUGGAAAAUCUUUUGUCUGACAUCGAGAAAGUGGCGGAGAAAAUCCUGCUGGUCAUCACGGAAAGUUACCCAACAAAACCAGGUUAUGAAAAUGAAAUGAUGCAAGGGCAAGAUGUCGUUGGCUCAGCAUGUUAUCUCUACAAGCAUAGCCAGAAUGUUUCAGCUGACAAAUGGAGUAGCUCCCUCAGAUAUGACGUGAUCAGAAUGCUGAUAAGAGGGAUUGAUUAUUCACAUGCCUUGUGUUUGCAUAUCUGUGAUGGAUCUUCUGAGUUUCAUGUGUACUCAAAGAAAGGUUGGGUGUCUUUCCGCCCAGAUAAAGAUGCUUUGGUCAUAACAAUUGGGGAUCAAACUCAGGCAUUAAGUGGUGGGCAAUUCAAGCAUGUAAUUGGAAGGCCUAUCUAUAAAGGAGAGAAAAAAGAAUACAUUUCGAUGGCAUUCCUUUACACUCCUCCAAGCAUCACCAGCAGGCCGGUUGACCCAGAAAAGGGAAAGACUAUUUCACUUAGCCAACAGGCCAUUGCUGCAAUAGUUUUGACUCUUGUAUACCAUAUUUUAGUCUAUGUUUACAACAAAUUCUAAUUGUUGUUUAAGAUUCAUCCAUCAAGCAAUGAAGAGUUACAAUUCUUGAUACUCUCAUAAAUCUUCUAAACUUCAUUUUGCCU